UUUUCAUUUUAUUUUCAUAAAACUUAUAUUAUUUGUAGCAGACGAUAGUUCAACCAUUUACUGCAGGAUAAGUUUAAGCGGAAGUUGUGGGAGUUGUUGAUUCCAGUUUGAAACAUGAAAUUCCGAUUUUGUGGAGACCUUGACUGCCCAGAUUGGGUUCUUGCGGAGAUAAAUAUCCUAUCUAAAUUGACAUCUGUUAAGAUGAGACUCUUGUGUGCUCAAGUUAUCAGUAGUAUCUUGACAGCAAACAUUGAUUAUGAAAAGGUAGCAAAAAUUACUGCUGAUGCAAAAUUUGAUAUUGGCGACAUCAAGGCUAGUAUUGCUGCGCUGUGUUUCAUCAUCAGAAGUGCAGCCAAAUGUGAUGUCGAUAGUGAUACACUUUCCAAUGAGCUUCAACAGCUGGGGCUCCCAAAAGAACAUUCUACACCACUUUGUAAACUCUAUGGUGAUAAUGUAACCAAGUUUCAGGAACAGUUACGCAAACAAAGUUUACGAAUAUCACAUAUGAACUCAGUUCAGUGGCGGGUUGAUUAUGUUAUCAGUUCGAAAUCACUAAAGACAGUAAACAAACCAAAUGUACAGAUAUGUUUAAAAGUUGUAAACCCAGACACAGGAAACGCAAAACCAGUUGUAUUUAAUAUGUCUGCAGAAAAAUUUCGUGUUUUUCUAAAUGAACUAAAACAAGUUGAUAUCAUAAUGGACAACCUGAAUUCAUCAUAACAAAUAAUGUACAGCUGUCUUCUUGGCAAAUGAAUUCUCUGCAGAAACAGUUCAGACUUGGUGCUCUUAUGAAAACUCUGAAUAGAUAACACAAACUCCUUUUUCCUUUCCCCAAUCUCAAUAGGCUUAAUUCAGAAAUCAUCUGAUUCACAGUUGUAUUUUUUUCCUGUCCUUAGGUAAGGCAUGAAUUUCACAACUUUUGUAUGGUUAAGGCUGACCAAUGAUUACAGAAUCUAUUUGGCAUAUUUAGUAGAGGUUAUUGACAAGAUGGUACACCAACAUUCUUCAGAGAUACAUGAACAUCACAACCUCCUUACCUGCAUUAAAAUCAAUUAUUAUUUAUAUUAUCAAACAUUGCACUAUACACACUAUACUACCUUUUUACAUUCUGGAUGAUGCCAUUUUGUUUAUGCUACCAAAGAUUUUAGUAAAGGCAUAAACAUCAUAAACCUAUCACCAGCUGUGCAUGAUUGACCUUAGUCUUCAGUUUAGUUUCAGUUUUAUGCAGAAAGUACUUAACCUACUUUGCUAAUAUAUCUAAAUGUCACAACUUCCUAUCUCUCCAUUCUAAAUAUGAACUCUGACUGACUUUUAAUACUAGAGGGAUGUGGAUUCAUGGCAAAUAAAAUACCUUGUGGUGUUUCAAUACAA